AUGGAGCCUGCUUCUACCCAGGAUGACAUGAGGAGGAGGCAACAGAAGGAGAAGUCCAAGAAGCCGGUGCCACCAGCAGCCCCCCGGCCAGCCAGGGCUCUGUUCUGUUUAACCCUUCAGAACCCGCUGCGCAAGGCUUGCAUCAGCAUCGUGGAGUGGAAACCCUUUGAGAUCAUCAUCCUCCUGACCAUCUUUGCCAACUGUGUUGCACUGGCCAUCUACCUGCCAAUGCCUGAGGAUGACACCAAUGUUGCCAACUCCAGCCUGGAGAAGAUUGAGUAUGCCUUCCUCAUCUUCUUUGCCAUCGAGGCCAUGCUGAAGAUCAUCGCCUAUGGGUUCCUGUUCCACACAGAUGCCUACCUGCGGAACGGCUGGAAUGUGCUGGACUUCUCCAUCGUGUCCCUAGGGCUUGUCACCAUGACUCUGGAGCAGGUCAAUGCCAAGCAGAGUGGGACGCCAGGGGGCAAAGGCGGUUUUGAUGUGAAGGCUCUGCGAGCAUUCCGUGUGCUGAGACCUCUGCGCCUGGUGUCUGGAGUGCCGAGCCUUCAGGUUGUCCUGAACUCCAUCAUCAAGGCCAUGGUACCCCUGCUCCACAUCGCCCUGUUGGUCCUCUUCAUGAUUAUCAUCUACGCCAUUGUUGGGCAAGAGCUCUUCAAGGGCAAGAUGCACAAGACCUGCUACUACCUCAGGACAGAUGUGAUUGCCACAGUGGCAUCAGAGAAGCCAGCCCCAUGCACCAGCUCUGGCCACGGGCGACACUGCACCAUCAACGGCACUGAGUGCCGAAGCGGCUGGCCAGGACCCAACAAUGGCAUCACUCACUUUGACAACUUUGGCUUUGCCAUGCUGACUGUCUACCAGUGCAUCACCAUGGAGGGCUGGACGGAAGUCCUCUACUGGGUAAAUGAUGCCAUUGGGAAUGAAUGGCCCUGGAUCUACUUUGUCAGCCUUAUCUUGCUUGGCUCCUUCUUCGUUCUCAACCUGGUGCUGGGGGUGCUCAGUGGGGAGUUCACCAAAGAGCGUGAGAAGGCCAAGUCCCGAGGCACGUUUCAGAAGCUGAGGGAGAAGCAGCAGCUGGAGGAGGAUCUGAAGGGCUACAUGGAUUGGAUCACUCAUGCUGAAGUCAUGGACAGUGAUCGGGCCAGGGGUGAAGGUAUGAUGCCGUUGGAUGAAGGAGGGUCAGAGACAGAGAGUUUGUAUGAAAUCGAGGGCAUGAACAAGUGGAUUCUCUACUUCCGGCAGUGGAGGCGCUGGAACCGAAUGUUCCGUAGGAAGUGCAGGGAUGUGGUGAAGUCGAAGUUCUUCUAUUGGCUUGUGAUCCUGAUGGUGGCGCUCAACACCCUCUCCAUCGCCUCUGAGCACCACUUCCAGCCAGAAUGGCUGACAGUGAUUCAAGACAAUGCCAACCGGGUGCUGCUGGCACUCUUUGUGGCUGAGAUGCUGCUGAAGAUGUAUGCCCUGGGCCUGCGCCAGUACUUCCUGUCCCUCUUCAAUCGCUUCGACUGCUUUGUGGUGUGCUCAGGGAUCCUGGAGGUCAUCCUGGUGGAGCUUGGCACCUUGUCACCCCUGGGCAUCUCCGUGCUGCGCUGCAUCCGGCUCCUCCGCAUCUUCAAGAUCACCAGGUACUGGACAUCACUAAGCAACCUGGUGGCCUCCCUGCUCAACUCUGUUCGUUCCAUUGCCUCUCUGCUCCUCCUCCUCUUCCUCUUCAUCAUUGUCUUUGCACUACUGGGCAUGCAGCUCUUUGGGGGCAAGUUUGACUUUGAGGACAUGGAGGUGCGGCGCAGCACAUUCGACAACUUCCCUCAGGCCCUUAUCAGUGUCUUCCAGAUUCUGACUGGAGAAGACUGGAAUGCAAUCAUGUAUGAUGGGAUCAUGGCCUAUGGGGGCCCUUCCUUCCCUGGCAUGCUGGUCUGCAUCUACUUCAUCAUCCUCUUUGUUUGUGGGAACUAUAUCCUUCUCAACGUCUUCCUGGCCAUUGCAGUCGAUAACCUGGCGGAGGCUGAGAGCCUGACCCUGGCCCAAAAGGCCAAAGCAGAGGAACGCAAGCGCCGGAAGAUGUCCAGAGGUUACCCAGAGAAGUCUGAGGAUGAGAAGCAGAUGCUGGCAAAGAAGCUCGAGCAGAAAGUGAAGGGAGAAGGGAUUCCCACAACAGCCAAGUUGAAAGUGGAUGAAUUUGAGUCCAAUGUCAAUGAGAUCAAAGACCCCUACCCUUCUGCAGACUUCCCAGGUGAUGAUGAGGAGGAUGAGCCUGAAAUCCCCCUGAGUCCUCGGCCACGGCCCCUGGCAGAGCUGCAGCUGAAAGAGAAGGCUGUGCCCAUGCCUGAAGCCAGCUCUUUCUUCAUCUUCAGCCCAACCAACAAGUUUCGGAUGCUGUGCCACAGAAUCAUCAAUGCCACCUGGUUCACCAACUUCAUCCUGCUCUUCAUCCUGCUCAGCAGCAUCUCGCUGGCAGCUGAGGAUCCCAUCCGGGCCGAGUCCUUCCGCAACCAGAUUCUCAGAUACUUUGACAUUGGUUUCACCUCUGUCUUCACCGUUGAGAUUGUCCUGAAGAUGACAGCCUAUGGAGCUUUCCUGCAUAAAGGCUCCUUCUGCAGGAACUCCUUCAACAUCUUGGACUUGCUGGUGGUCGCUGUCUCGCUCACUUCCAUGGGCACUGAGUCCAGCACCAUCUCAGUCGUGAAGAUCCUCCGGGUCCUGAGGGUGCUGAGGCCUCUACGAGCCAUUAACAGGGCAAAGGGGCUGAAGCAUGUGGUCCAGUGUGUGUUUGUGGCCAUCAAGACCAUCGGGAACAUCGUGGUCGUCACAACCUUGUUGCAGUUCAUGUUUGCCUGCAUUGGGGUCCAGCUCUUCAAGGGCAAGUUCUACAGGUGCACAGACCCAUCCAAGAUGACAGAGAAGGAGUGCAGGGGUUACUUCAUCAACUACGUGGAUGGGGACCCUACACAGAUAGAGCUCCAGGAGCGUCUCUGGUACCACAGCAACUUCCACUUUGACAAUGUCUUCUCAGCCAUGAUGUCACUUUUCACUGUCUCCACCUUCGAGGGCUGGCCAGAGCUGCUCUACAUGGCCAUUGACACCAAUGCUGAAGAUGCAGGCCCCAUAUACAACUACCGGGUGGAGAUUGCAAUGUUCUUCAUCAUCUACAUCAUCCUCAUUGCCUUCUUCAUGAUGAAUAUCUUUGUGGGCUUUGUCAUUGUCACCUUCCAGGAGCAGGGGGAGAGCGAGUACAAGAACUGUGAGCUGGACAAGAACCAGCGGCAGUGUGUGCAGUAUGCGCUGAAGGCUCGGCCCCUGCGCCGCUACAUCCCCAAGAACCCCUACCAGUACCACAUCUGGUACGUGGUCACCUCCUCCUACUUCGAGUACCUCAUGUUCUUCCUGAUCCUGCUCAACACCAUCUGCCUGGGCAUGCAGCAUUACAACCAGUCUGAAGAGAUGAACCACAUCUCAGACAUUCUCAACGUGGCCUUCACUGUUCUUUUCACCCUGGAGAUGAUCCUCAAGCUCAUGGCCUUUAAAGUGAAGGGCUACUUCGGGGACCCCUGGAAUGUCUUUGACUUCCUCAUAGUGAUUGGCAGCAUCAUUGAUGUCAUCCUCAGUGAGAUCGAUACAGUUCUUGCAUCCCGUGGUGGACUGUACUGCCUCGGCGGGGGCUGUGAUGGCCUUGACUCAGAUGACAACUCCAGAGUCUCCAUCACCUUCUUCCGCCUCUUCCGUGUGAUGCGGCUGGUGAAGCUGCUGAGCCGGGGGGAAGGGGUCAGGACCCUCCUGUGGACCUUCAUCAAGUCCUUCCAGGCAUUGCCCUACGUAGCCCUGCUGAUUGUGAUGCUUUUUUUCAUCUACGCUGUGAUUGGGAUGCAGAUGUUUGGGAAGAUCGCCAUGGUGGAUGGGACUGAGAUCAACCGCAACAACAACUUCCAAACCUUCCCACAGGCUGUGCUGCUGCUCUUCAGGUGUGCCACCGGUGAGGACUGGCAGGAGAUCCUGCUGGGCUGCAGCUAUGGCAAACUCUGCGACCCCGAGUCCGACUUCGCCGAGGGCGAGGAGUACACCUGCGGCACCGGCUUCGCCUACUUCUACUUCAUCAGCUUCUACAUGCUCUGUGCCUUCCUGAUCAUUAACCUCUUUGUGGCUGUCAUCAUGGACAACUUUGACUACCUGACACGGGACUGGUCCAUCCUUGGGCCCCAUCAUCUCGAUGAGUUCAAACGGAUCUGGGCUGAGUAUGACCCUGAGGCCAAGGGCAGAAUCAAGCACUUGGAUGUGGUGACCCUGCUGAGACGCAUUCAGCCCCCCCUGGGCUUUGGGAAGUUCUGCCCACACCGUGUAGCUUGUAAGCGCCUGGUGUGCAUGAACAUGCCCCUGAACAGCGAUGGCACUGUCACCUUCAACGCCACCCUCUUUGCGCUGGUCCGGACAGCCCUCAAGAUCAAGACAGAAGGUAACUUUGAGCAGGCCAAUGAGGAGCUCAGAGCUGUUAUCAAAAAAAUCUGGAAGCGAACCAGUAUGAAGCUGUUGGACCAGGUCAUCCCACCCAUUGGAGAUGAUGAGGUGACAGUGGGGAAAUUCUAUGCAACUUUCCUCAUCCAAGAGCACUUCAGGAAGUUCAUGAAGCGCCAGGAGGAGUAUUAUGGGUACAGGCCCAAGAAGAACCCUGUGGAAAUCCAGGCUGGGCUGAGGAGCAUUGAAGAAGAAGCUGCUCCUGAGAUCCAUCGAGCCAUUUCUGGGGACCUGACUGCUGAGGAGGAGCUGGAAAGAGCAAUGGUAGAAGCAGCCAUGGAGGAAGGGAUAUACAGGAGGACAGGUGGCUUGUUUGGCCAGGUGGACAGCUUCCUGGAGCCUGGCAGCCCCUUGCAGCCCCAAGUGGCCAGCCAGAGACCCCUGCAGUUCACAGAGGUGGGCAGUGAGGACUUCGACUCUCCUGUCUUCCUUGACGACUUCCCCCAGGAAGGCAACACCAACGUCAACAAUGCCAACAGCAGAGGCUGGCUGGAGGGGAUACAAUGUGAAGAUGAGGUGCUGAGGAAGACAGUGCCAGUAGCAUGCAGGCAUCCACCACAGGAGCACAGUGACCCUCUGUCCAUGGACAGGCUGCCGCCAUGGCCGGGCAGGAGGCAAGGGCCCAGGGGGCACCCAACACCAGGGCCACAGCUUCCAUCCCAGCAGCUGCCUGGAGUGGAUGGCACUGUGAUGGGAACAGCAUCCAGCUCAGGGCACCAGCAAGGCAAAAGCGUCAACCUGAGCACAUCUUCCACCCCAGCCAUCACCUUCCUCAUUCAGGAGGCUCUGAUCUCCGGGGGCCUGGCGGUCCUGGCCCAUGACCCAUCCUUCGUCACGGUGACCAGGGAGGAGAUGGCAGCCAGCAGCCAGCUGGAAGUGGAUGAGAUGGAGAAAGCAGCCCUGGAGCUGCUGAAGGGAAGAGAAACACUGCAGGAUACAAAAACUGGCUCUGCCCUCUAGGACACCUCAGCUGCAUCACCAGGCAGCUCCCCAGGGCUGAGUGCAGCCCCCUGCCAGAACACCACCACUGCCACUCACCUGGGAGCCUCCUGCUGAUGCAGCUCAGUGGGCACCGUCCCUUCAGGAGCUGGCAGGGUUGCUGGAGCAAUGCCACACUGCUCCCCCUCUCUGCUGGGGUCCUGGUGGGCUGUCCAGCUACAGGAGGAUCUUCAGGCUGGUCUCUAGGUGCAGGACAGGAGUCUGUGCCAGCAGAGUCUUGCAAGCGCUGGACAGGUCAUUAAAG